AUGGCGGCUCAAAAGAAGAACGGCGACGAGAGUCUGCAGGAGAAUGAAGACGACGAGUGUCUGGAGGAGAAAGAAGACGUCGGCAAAAGCGCAGACGACAGCAACGAUGUAGAGGAGGGCUACGACGAGAGUGAGGAGGAAACUGAAGAAGAUGAGGACGCGGCUCUCAAGCAAAUCGCCGAGAGAAGCAGCGCCAAGGUUAAUAUCAAAUUGCCGAUACCGAGUGGUCUACCGUUUGCGGUUGCGUACGAGGGUGGCGACUUCUACUUCGUGCGCAAGUGCUACGACGUUUACUACAUGCUCGUGGUAAAGCUGCUGAAGGAGGGGAAAAAGUGCAUCACGUUGACGGGAACUCCAGCUAAGCUACUCGGCAGGAUCCUUACGCUUUUAUCCAUUUUAUAUGCCUAUUUCUUCGACCAUUUCCGCAGCGAACACCAAGGACAAGGAUGGAUCAUUGUGGCGUUGACCUACAAGAAAGCUGGAACAGUCAAGAAGCUGGCUAUUUUCCAGGAAGGCCAAGAUACAAUUCGGGUUGAGGCAUGCCCACAACUUCUGAGUACUAUUGCGUUGGAGCUGAAAGGCGUGAGUCAGCAAAAUUUGGCGGGGCUGAAAAAUUAUAAUCGGAAGAAGAAAGUGCUGUACUUGUGCGACGGCCCGCCACACGUCAGUUACCCUCAAGCAGUGGUGUUUACGAGCCCGAACGAUAGGUGGUUGGGCAACGUCAGAAAGGAUAGGUGCACCUACUGGAUGCCUCCCUGGAAACUGAAAGAGCUCCAAUUGGCUGCUGCAGAGCUGGACUACCCCGUGAACGAUGAGGAACUCAAAGAGCGGUUCUGGAAUUUGGGUGGCGUGGCGAGACAUUGCAUCAGCCUUGACCCUGAAGCUAUCCCCGAAGCUAUGGAGGAGCUGAAGGAAUGCAUCACAAGUAUUAACAAUCGUGGAGACCUCGAGAACCUGUUGUUGGGACGUCAAAACAAUGACACUCGCCAUCGUUUCCUGCACUACCAGCCAAUUAGUACCGGCAGACGAAAGGAUACAAAACUUCUUGGUCUGCUGGAGACUGUCAAGGAGAAGCCCGAGCGAGCUGCAAUCGUCUUUCUGCAUCCUCAGGCGAAGGGCUUCAAACAACAGAAUAUUAUCGUAAGUGGCGGUUCUCCAAAAUCUCUCGAAGCAAUUGGCGGCAUUGGCCCAUUGACUAUGAAAACACUAGCGUUGUACGGCGUUACAACGGUCGAGGAGUUGAAGAACGCGAUUAACGACUUCAGGGAUGGCAAAAUCGUUAUGCAAGAUUCGCACAACGUCUCGAAGCAUAAGGCAGAUUGGAUGCGGGCCUUGAGAUGCUGGGAGUCGCAUAUGGAUUCCUUGAGCGACUCGAGCGAGGAGGGAGAGAGCAAGAUGAGCAAGAAGUCGAAGGAGGGCAACGAUGGCAGGAGCCGCAAAACGCGCCGUGACGACGACUAA